AUGACCGCGACUGUUCGACGCGAUGGAAGUCUCAAAAUUCGACGCCUUUCCAUUCAAUCAGCAUCGAUUAUAAGAAACAACGACAUCUACCAGUCACAGAAGUAUCCCUGCUCAGAGCACAGGCCCUCACCCAGCGACCCUGCUGCCGAGAAAUACGAUCCUUACAUCAACUUAGAAUUAUAUCUGACACACGCAAGCGAUGUGCAUAAGGAUUUUUAAGCGAAACCAGCGCAACGCUCGUGCUGGGAAGCCGGGCCCCGUCAUCCGAAACCGUGGGCACAAAAAGUACUUCGCUUAAUGCAAUUUUAUCAAAUUACUCUCAGCAUAUAUAUCAAUAAUAGGUCAGCGACGCCGGUGCAGUUUCACUUCUCCGGCGUUUCUGUGACCGCUGCGUAUUGACAGUGAGCUUGGAUGUCUCUCGCAAUAAACAUACAUUGAGGUUGCAUUCGAGCUUGUGACGAGUGGGCACUAAGCCGGAGCCCAUCGCAGCUGCUCAAGCAGCAGUCACGACUAAGGCAUGUCUUAGGCGGAGCUUCUUCUCCUCGCGCGUACUGGCCGGUCGUGGACCAAUGAUCGGAGGUGGGGCAAUCAGUGGUCCAGCUCUCUGCCUGAGCGGGCGAGUCACAGGCAAGGACAUGCACGGUCAACGAAGGUCGGCAGCAGUGGUCACGGCAGCAGCGGUGUCGUGGCAUCAGCUAGCACGGGACCCCUGCCGCCGGCGGCCGCGCUGGCGGCAGCGUCAGGCAUCAGCGGUGCGCCGCUUGGCUGCAACGCCAGCACUUGUACGGCUACUUCUCUUGCUGGUCCCGCCGCUGCUGCUGCUGUGGGCGACGCCCACUCUGGCACAGGCCCCACCAGCGUAUCCCCCAUCACAGCCGCCCAGCAGUGCUCCCAGCAGCCCCUACCCCGCCGCUGGUAGCAUGCCGCCGCCCAGCCCACCAUCCGCGCCACCGGGAACACCAGCAGUAGCGUCUUCGCCGCCACCUGGCCUGCCGCCACUACUACCGGUGUCGGCGCCGCCGUCACCUGCGCCAACGCACCCACAAACCCCGCCGCCCCCCGCACCGUCGCCCCCCGCACCGUCGCUCCCCGCACCGUCGUCGCCGCCUCCGGCACCGUUGCCGCCUCCCGCGCCGCCGCCGGUGCCUACAGGGCCAUGGGCACAGCUGGCGGCAUUGCUGGACGUGCAGGCGGCCAUGGCGGUGCCGUACACGGACUGGAACAACACGCAGCCGUGCGGGCCCCCCGUCUGGUCCCACGUCACAUGCGACGGGAGCGGUAACGUGAUAGGGCUGGUGCGGCAGGGGCCGGCGGCGGCCGGCCCGGCUGGCUGCCCGCCUGCCUCGCUCACCGCCCUGACGGGUCUGCAGAGCUUGGUGUGGGCGGUGCCGCCGCUCAACUCCACCUACACGUGCGACUGGCCGGCCAUAGCAAGUCUGACGGCCUUGACGCGGCUGGAGAUGCACGGCCUGUUCAGUCCCGCCGCCGCCUCGGCGUCGCUGGCAAACCUGCACAGCUAUGCCACUUUGACAAACCUGGUGGAUCUGGAUCUCUCCAAUACGCCCAUCUAUGAGGGCCUCAUCACCACCAGCGCCAGCCAUGCCUUCUCGGCGCUCGUGGGCCUGACACGUCUGGCCCUUGCCAACACGUGCUUUGGGCGGGUGGACCCAUUGGACUGGCCCACGGUGUCCCAACUGACCAACCUUAAGGUGCUCAACCUAACCAAUGCAAUGGGCCGCAACUGGGACGGCGUGGCACCGCACAAUGCCUCCUGCGGCCGCAUCUCCGACCUGUGGAUAGGCCUGGCGGACCACCCAUCACUGGAGGUGCUCUCGUUCGACAACAAUGGGCCGCGAGUGGAUGGAGCUUUUCCCUCCGUCUACUUUUCUUCGACAAAGGCCCUAGCGGCCCGCCUGCGGCGACUGUAUGUGCACAAGAACAACAUGAUGAACACGAUCCCCGCCACCUCCAUCGACACGGUGUCUGUGCCGCACCUGGAGGCGCUCACACUGUGGGGCAAUCCGUUGCUGUGCGGCGCGCUGCCCAGCGGCGGCGCCACGUCGCUGUGCCUAGACUACAGCGGCACCAAGCUGGGUAUGUCCUGCACCGUCGCCGGUCAGGUCUUGGGCUUCCCGGUUCCCGGCACCGACUGCACGCCCGUCAACGCCACCGCCGCCCUGGUUGGCAUUGACAUGCCCCAAGACCUGCCAGCCGUGCAGGCGGCGGCUGUGGCUCUGCAGGUGUUUCGCAACGGCUCAUCGGCCAACGCGGCGGCGCUAUCGAGCUGGGGAGCAGGCGGCAAUCCUUGCCUGUGGCGCGGGGUGCAGUGCGACACGAACUUACAAGUGGCGGUUCUGGAACUGGCCGGACUCAACCUGACGGGCCCUGUGCCCGCCGGCGGCCCGCUCACGUCGUUGCGCGCACUUAGCCGGCUUGACCUGUCGCGCAACAACUACACCGGCACCAUCCCUGCCGCCAACCUGGCCUCCUUCACCGCUCUAACCUACCUGUCACUAGCCGGCAACCAACUGGGCGGCACGCUGCCUGCCGGACUGACGGCGCUGCCCAACCUCCGGAUCCUGCACCUCAGCCACAACAGCUUCGCGGGCUCGCUACCUGCGGUGUGGUUCUCUGGCACUAACAAGCUGGGCAACGGCACCUUGUUGCGUGUGGCGUGCGGCCACUGCAACCUCACCGGCAAUCUGCCGGCAAUCGACGCCGGCUUCGCCUUGCCGUCACUCCAACUGCCUUACAACAACUUUGCGGGCGGCAUUCCGGCCUACAACCUUACUUUGAACCAGGAGCUGGACUUCUCCCAUAACCAGCUCACUGGCCCCGCCCCAAACUUCGGAGCCAACAUCCAGCGGCUGUGCCUCAGCGGCAACAUGCUGACUGGACCCUUGCCGCCUCUUAACAACAUGCAAGACGUGCGCCUGUCCACCAACAAUUUCAGCGGGCCUUUGUGGCCCAGCCUGAACCCUGGAGUUUUCAUCCUUGACCUGUCGUAUAAUCAGCUUUCUGGAACGCUUCCCGCCGCCUGGUCUACUGCCACAAACUUGUCUGCGCUUUACCUGCAGGCCAAUGCCCUUACGGGUGCGCUGCCGGCGUCCUGGGGUGACAUGCAGCUCGUGGCCAGCCCCGCUGUGGGCACUUCAACUCUAGCCUUUCACCUGAAGGUCCUGCACCUAAGCGGCAAUCAGCUCAGCGGCCCCAUCCCGGCCGAGUGGGCGUCUUUCUCGCCUUGGGGCCCGAAUGCCUUUGGCUGCUUGGAUCUCACCGGCAACACCAACCUGUGCGGGCCUGUUCCAGAGGGCAUGGUGUGCCCGCGUACUGCUGCAACAAGCAUUGGAUAUGACUGCGCCAACACAACGAAGCCCUUGGGGCCCAGCCUGUGCCGAAACUUCCCCUUCUGUCAAGCGCCUGCCUACUCCCAAGCGCCCGCGGACAUCUACGCCUCCAUUCCCCCGCCUGCGGAUGCCGCCGUGAACCAGGCGCUGGUGUCACUGCAGACCGGCCAAAUCGCACCCCCCGGCAACGUGUUUGCCACGUGGCGAACCAGCCUGGACACGUGCCUGUGGGAUGGCGUGUACUGCGGGAACAACGGGUCGCGCGUCGACGGCCUGAGCCUGCCUCGCCGCGGCUUUACCUGGUCCUCGCCGGGCCCCUACCUCACCGCCAUCGCGGGCCUCAAGUUCCUGAACUUGGCCCACAACAAGAUUGCCGGCACCCUACCAGACUGGGACCCAGCCUCCCCCACGGCUGCCGGCCUGGCGGACAUUGACCUGACCGAUAACCUGAUGACCGGCACCGUACCAAGCAACUGGACGGCGCUCAUCAGUCUGACCUCGCUGCGGCUGGCAUCUAACGCCCUGGGCGGCGGCGGCACGCCACUGCCGGCGGCGCUGGGCAGCCGGCUGCGUGCACUCAAGGUUUUGGACUUGUCGGACAACGGGUGGAACACGACAUUGCCCGACGCCUGGUGCUACACGGGCGGUGCGGGCGGCUCCAUGACGUCACUAGAGUCACUCAAGUGCAACUUCUGCGGCCUGGGUGGGGGCGGCGCCGGCGCCCCGCUGCCACGGCUGGACUACUGUACCAACCUGCGGCAGCUGCAGCUCAUCGGCAACAACAUCGCCGGCGCCCUGACGGCGGCCUCCUUCCCGCUGCCGCAACUGACGGCCCUGGAGCUGGGAAUGAAUGCGCUAACCGCCAUAACGGUUAAUGGCUCAGAUCUGGCGGCGCCCGCCGCAUUGCCGGCACUGCAGAAGCUGGAUCUUUCUUACAACAACAUCUCGGGCACACUGCCAUGCGCGCUGGGGUCUUGGACCAACUUGCGACAGCUCCUGCUCCGGAGUAACAACUUCUCGGGCGCACUGCCAGCCGAGCCGGGUGGUCUGGUCAUCUCCAACACCUGCGCCAACUGCAGCCGGCUGACGCUGAAGGUGGUGGACCUGUCCUACAACAACCUGGAGGGGCCGCUGCCGGAAGGCUGGUGGCCCAUGCCGUCCCUCACCGGACUCUACCUGCAGCACAACCGAUUCAGCGGCCCACUGCCGUCCAUCUGGGGCUCUAACUGGCCCGCAUACCCAGGCGGCGCCUCCGGCGGCGGGCCGGGGUUGGUCAGCUUGCAGCUCUCCUCCAACGCGCUGACAGGCUCCAUUCCCGCGUCCUGGACACGGUUUCUCCCCAACAUUACGCUGGCAGUGGGUGUCAACGGGACGAACUUCACGAGCGGCACCGGGGCCGGCGCACUGCAGUGCCUGGGCCUGCGCUACAACCGCGCGCUGUGCGGCGCACGGCUGAGCCCUAUGACGUGGCAGGACGACUGCGCCAGCGUGGCCGGCACACUCCUGGACAAGAACUGUUCCACUCUGGCGCCGCUGCCGCUCCCUGCCUGUCCAACAUUGCUCCUGCCUGGGGCAUGCGACCCGCUGCCGCCGCUGUACAAGGACCUGCCCACGCCCACGCCGCGUCAGGGCCUGGUGGAGGCUGCGCCACGCGCCAACGCGGGCCCGGACGUGCAGCCCCUGCAGGACCUCAAGGCAAACAUCCUUGCCUCCAACAACACCUUUGUGUCCUCCACCAACACCCCGCUGGUGAGUGAGCUUUUCAACAGCUGGGACGCCAACAUGGAGCCCUGCUCCACGCACACGUGCGUGCCGUGCCGCCUGGGAGGCGGCGGGCCCCCGUGCGGCAUGUCAUACGCCACAUGGGCGAACAUGACGGGCAACAGCAACGCCGCCAGCAGCAACGCCACCACAUGCAACUACAUGUACGUCUCCUGCGAGGCUGGCCGCGUCGUGGGCAUCCAUUUGAACCUGAACGGCGACACAGAGGUGGCGUCUAUCGCCGCCUCGCCUCCCCUGCUGGGCUGUGUGGCUCUACCGUACUCGCUGUCCACCAUGACGCCACUCAAGUAUCUGGAGCUGGGCCGGGUGGCGAUGAGUGGGACCAUGCCACCGAGUUACAGCAGCCUAACGGCGCUGGUCAACCUGCUGCUCACGAACGGCCCCACCGCCUCGGGCGGCGGAACUGGCGACCUGUCUGGCCCCGUACCGGUAGAGUGGGGCACUGGCAUAACACUCCUGGAGAACUUGAUGUUGCACGUGGCCACAACUAGCAUCGCGGCGUGGGCACACGACUGGCAGAUCUACGGGCUACCCUACCUCAAGAGUCUCUCCCUCAGGGGUGAGGGCGACAACUCGAUGCAGGUGGCUGAUGUCUUCUUCAUUGUGAGACUUGCAUCACUCACACGUUUGGAGCUGUCUGGAAGGGCCGUCAGCGGUGGACUAGACCAAAUGGCGUGGCUUGGGACCAAGAGUUCUUUGAGCGUCCUUCGCAUCAAGGAUUGUGCCGUCCUAGGCGGAAGCAUCCCAAUCGAAUGGCAGAGUGCGAACUUCACGCUGACGGAAAUGACACUGAGUGGGCUGCCCGCGGUUUCGGGGACGCUGCCAGCAUGGCUGACGCAGCACAUGGCAAGUGGCUCGGUCCUCAAGCUGGAUCACUGCGGCUUCACUGGCGUGCUGCCUGCGGCAUGGGGCAUGGCCAAUGCCACGGGUUCGCCCCCGCGAGCUGCGUACUUCAAGACCCUGGUUCUGACUGGAAACCAUCUGUCAGGCGUCCUCCCUGACACCUGGGCCGACCUGGUGUACCGCUCUACCUCUAUCAGCAUGUGCUGCCAGACCCCGGCUGUUGCGGGGUCGGGACAGGAGCUGCGCGGGCCCAUUCCAACCAGCUGGCUUGCGGCUUCCACCACCUUCGCGCCUGCCCCGCCCAGUCUCACAUCGCUGAACCUUAGCGGCCUGAACUGCCUAUGCGGCGACGUGGCGGGCAGCUGGCUCACCACCACGGCAGGCCUGGCGCUGUCGUUGCCUGCCACUAUGGGCACGUCGUGCGACGACGUGACGUGCUCGGGCGCGGGCGAGGGACCCAUGCUGAUGCGGCUCAAGUCCGAGCUGCAGGCCGCAACUACCGCCGCCAACGCCUCCGACUGGUCGCUGGCGGCGGCCGCCAUCUUUGACUCCUGGAGCAACGUUACUGGCGCGCCUCCGCCCUGCAUUGACGCCCCCUGCGCGGUGUCCCUGGCGGGCCAGACGGCAGGGGCGACGGAUCCGAAUGGCUCGGGCCUGCCGCUGUGUGUGUGGCGCCACUUGAGCUGUACGGCAGAUCAGCGAGUAUCGGGUAUUUUCCUUGGCUGGGAGUCACUGCCUGGCAACAGCAGCAACCUCACAGCACUUCCUUUGCCGCUGCCGCCUGCGCUGCUGCUGACGUCUGUUCCAUCUUACCUGUCGGCACUGACUGCCCUCACGACGCUGGAUCUGGAGGCCUUGAAGGUCACGAGUGGAACGCUGCCGGACGGCUGGUCGGUGAUGACCGGCUUGAAGCAGCUGCGGCUGGCAGGCCUGGGGCCGGGCGUGACCGGCCCUCUCCCCAAUGCAUGGGGGUCGAUGACUGUGCUGGAGCGUCUAAGCAUCCGCGGAGGACUGGGGCUUACCGGCACGAUACCCGGUAGCCCUUGGGGCGUUGUUCCGACCUUGCAAUCGCUGCGGAUUGAGGAUGCGCCCGGAAUAUCAGGCCCGGUUCCAAAUUAUUACCUGCAAACAGCGGCGUUGACUGAGCUCCGGCUGCUGAGAGUGGGCGCGGUAGCCCUCAAAACAGGCUGGCCUGCAACCCUGAGCGCCGAGCCCAACACGGGACUGACGUCCGUCCGCAUUAGCUCCGUGCCUGGCGCCGUGCCGCCUGGAUGCCCCGCCGACCAUGCGGGAGCCAAGGCGCCCGACACAGGGACCUGGUACUGCUACGGUCCGCUGGGAGGCCUGGUCAGGCUACGCACGGCCACGGGCGGCACUUCAGUGCAGGCACUGGCGCCGGCCCCAGCCGGGGGGUCGCCGCCCGCCGCCGGCACGGCCGUGCAACAGCUGGUGCAGAACGACACAGACGUCGGCCAGCGCUGGCACAUAGAGCCCAACGGCGCCUUCCCGUUCUCGACCAUACGGGAAGCGUCGUCGGGCCUGUGUCUGGGUGUGGCGGCGCCGGGGUCGGGCGCGUACGGCGGAUUGGACGGGCCGUACAUGGGAGCCAGCCUGGAGCUGCAGGUGUGCGGCAGUAACGGUACGACAGGCGCCGUGUACGACACGCAACGGUGGACAUUCUACCGACACCCCAACCCCUCCCUCGCUGAUGGGUUCAUACUCUCCCCUGCCGUUGAUCCGACGAAGUGCGCGGUGGUAGCGAACGGCUCCAUCAGCACCGGCGGUGCAGGCCUGGCGGUGGAUGGCGUUGGAUCCGCCGCCACAGGCGCCGGCGUCUUCCUGACGCGCUGCAGCUCCGCCUCACCGGUGGACCAGGCGUACCUGCAGCCGGCGCGUGUUGGCUUCAACCCGCAACCUUCGGACUGCAUGGCGGACACGACGUAUUGGUGUACCGCCGUGCCUUACCAGAAUUCCACUCUGGUCGACUGCGACGGUGACGGCCUGUUGGACGCGGUGUGCACCGGCACGGGCACCAAUACUUCCGGCAGGGGCGUGCGGCUCAGCACCAGGGGGUGCAGCACCGCGGCACCCGACACUGGCUGGCCGUCCGCGCCCAACAGCCUGUGCCAGCCGCUGUGGGGCGCGUCGUCGCCACCCGCGGGCUCCCCUCCGGCAGCGCCACCGCCAAGCAGUGGGUCGUUUCGCCGGCCGUGCCCGCUGCCCAACUACGUCAUAGCGGCCGCGUAUGGCAAUGACGGAUACAGCUGCUUAGGCCCGUUUGCAAGCCCGGUGGUCAUCCUUACAAGCACCGGCCAGGACUUGGCUCUUGAUGUCCCCUACAACUACCCCCAGCCUGGCGUAGCGAUCUGGCAGUAUGCAAGAGGCCAGGCUCUCACCAUUCCGGAUCCGGCGCAACUGUGGAUCAUCGAGCAUGCAGGAAACGACACUUACACAAUCCGCGACAACGGGGGAGGUUUCUGCCUCGCAGCUAAGGACGCCGCCACAGCCGACGGCACUGUGGUGGAGCUGCAGAUCUGUGGCAGUGGCUACGGCUCCCCCGCGGCGCCGCACCAGCGCUGGCGACUCCGGGCUACCAGUGCCUGGAUACGCUACAGCACGUUUUACAUCUCGCCCGUCCACGCGCCACACCAGUGCCUAAAUAUCGUCAACAACAGCUCCACCAACCAGGUUCCGCUUCAAACGCUGACAUGCAACGCCUCGUCACAGUAUUUCGAACUGCAGUCGCCGCCACAACAAACUAAAGAUGCACCGGCAACUCAGUGGAGCACACUGACCGGGCUACUCCAGGGCUUCUCCGUCGCUGCAAAGAACCUUCGAGAGCUAGAGAUCUCUGGUCAGCCCUGGCUGGGCGGCGGCAGCAGCGGCGGGGCGAACGGCACAGCCGCCUCCGGGCUGGGUGGGCUGGCGGGCGGCGGUUCGCAACCGCUGUCCGCGCUAACCGUAGCCAGUGGCAACGGCUUCGCCUUUCCAGUGCUGGAGAGCCUCACGCUUCGUGGCCUGGGCCUGACCGGCACCCUGCCAGGACCCGCAUGGCUGAGCGGCGCCGGCGCAGCCGGUGCCCUCACAUGGCUGGACCUGUCCGGCAACUCCCUCACUGGCAACCUACCCCCGGGAUUUAACCUGAUGUUCAAUGCUUCUACUGCCGGGGAUGAUAAUGUGCUGCUGCUUGGCGGCAACCGGCUGUCAGGCACUCUGCCCGGCGCUUGGGUGACGAACGGCUACGCGGGGGCCUUCAACACGCUCGACCUGUCCGAUAACCAGCUUACAGGCCUGUUUCCUUACGAGUGGGCGUCGCUCAUCUACAGCUCACGCGCGGUGAAGCUUGCCAACAACCUGCUGCGCGGCGCCAUCAGUCCCAGGUGGCAGACCUACACCAGCACCUACGGCCCGGCUCUUGCACUGCUGGAUAUAAGGAACAAUAACUGCACCUGCAGCGCCCCCGUACUUAACGGCACCUGGAUUGCCGCCCGUGUAGCCGCUGGCAGCCUCUCGGUGCUGACCACGGGUUCCUUCGCUGCUGACUGCCUAAACACGCCGUGCGCCAGCCCAGAUGAGGUCCAGAGCGCACUCAUUGACCUCAAAGCCGCGAUCACCAACGCCACCGGAGCUUCUGAAGCUGAUGUGAUUAACACCUUCGACACCUGGCUGCCGAAUGUGCGCCCGUGCGGCAACGCGACGGCGAACGGAGGCACGUGCGUGCUUUGCCGACGCAACCAGACGUGUGGCGCUCCUGCCAACGCGACGUCGCACUACUGCGGCUAUCGUUACAUCACCUGCGCGGGCGGCGCGGUCACCGGCAUCUACCUGAGCCACAACCUCACGGGCGAUCCGCCUCCGUCUACAGUCGCGGGCGGCGACCGCUUCCUGAUCGGUGCCGCGGAUGGCGGCUACCCGGCCAGUCUGGCGGUUCUGACGGCGCUGCAGGACCUUGUGCUGGAUGACGUCAAGCCGGCGUCUGCAGGAAGUACAUUCUUCCAGACGUCGUGGAGCAGCCUCGCCGCGCUGCGCCGCCUCAGCCUGAAUGUGGACGCGGGUAACGCCCUGCCGCCCGAAUGGUCCGCCCUGACGAGCCUGCGAGCGCUGCGGCUGUACGGCGGAGGCGGCCAGGCUGCUGCGCUUCCUACGGCCUGGUCCACGUGGACGGCGCUGACGUCAUUUGAGAUGCAGUCCACUCCGGCGGGCAUGGCCGCCUACGGCAACUACUGGGUGUUUGACGGCGUCACACCACUGCCCGCGGCGUGGUCCGCAUGGACCGGCCUGCAGGUCUUCCGCCUGGAUGGCACCAGCGGCCUAACGGGGGACAUUCCAUCCGCCUGGGGCGGUGCAUGGACGGCCCUGAAGGAGCUGUCAUUAUCAUACAACCCCGGCAUGGUCACCUCAGCAACCUCGGUGGCGGCGCUGCUCCAACCGCCCGGGUCGCCUGCGUUGCAGCUGGUCUCGCUGUCCCUAGCCUACACACCGGCUGGCAGCGACACACUCGAUCACAUCCCUCUCGCAGCUAUGACCACCCUCACUUCGCUUCAAUUGAAUGGCCGCGGCUGCAGCGGCACCAUCCCCGACGCCUGGGCCGCUGCCGCUGAUGUGCCGAACAUAACCGCAACGGUAACGGCUUCAAAUGUUACGGUUGGAUCCGGGCCCAAAAUGACGGCGCUGUCGGUUUUGGAUCUGUCGGGCAACUUGAUCAGCGCGACCAUCCCAGCCUGGCUAAAUGGCUUGUUCCCGCGUAACCUGCCGGCGGGACUCGCCGUGCUCAGUCUCGACACCAACCAGCUGACAGGCACGCUGCCGGCGGAAUGGGCUACCAACGGCGGUCAGGCCUCGUUCGCCGAGCUAUCCGUCUCGGACAACUUCGUGACUGGGGUAAUGCCACCCGAGUGGGCGCCGUUGGUUUGGGGCACGGCCAGCCUCGACCUGUGCUGCAACCACCACGUCGGGGGCUCCUGGAACGGCCUGCAGGGGCCCAUUCCUGUGGAGUGGGCGUCGUAUGGCGUGAUCAUCAAUGGCGUCAACGCCAGCAGCAAUGUGUACAUGGGCUCACUCCUCAGCAAGCUGGAUCUCAGCGGCAACGACUGCACCUGCGACGCCGCUGUGCCCGCCGGCUCCUGGCUGGACGUCAAGCUCAACGCGAGCCUGCUCGCAUACAACUACACCGGAUCAUUUCCCGGCGCGUGUACGGCAGUCGCAUGCGCCGCGUACACGUACCCUCCGCCUCCGCCCUCGCCGGACCCGCCUGCCCCACUUCCCCCGUCUCCUGAGCCACCGGUACCUUCCCCGCCUUCUCCUGGGCCGCCUUCGCCUGUGCCGCCCUCGCCCGCGCCUCCCAGACCUGAUCCUCCCAGCCCUGCGCCUCCCAGCCCUGCGCCUCCCAGCCCGCUCCCGCCCUCGCCUGCGCCGCCGCUCCCGCCCUCACCUGCGCCGCCCAGCCCCGCCCCGCCCAGUCCCAUUCCGCCCAGCCCAGCACCGUGGCCCCCUCCUCCCAGCCCGCUCCCGCCCUCACCUACACCGCCCAGCCCGCUCCCGCCCUCACCUGCGCCGCCCAGUCCCGCCCCGCCCAUCCCUCCCUCGCCCGACCCACCCUCUCCAAUGCCCCCAGCGCCGCCGCCGCCUGUGCGGCUCAGCCCACCACCGCCGCCCCCAGCCUCGUUGCCUCCAGCACUGGUGUUCGAUCCCCAGUUCAACCCCUCCGUCGCCUUCACCGCCAUCCUACCGGGAUUGUCAGCAUCCACCUACCCCGGCGGUGCCACUUCGCUGCUUGCAAACUAUCGGUCAAUCAUUGCACGAACGGCUUCGCUGCCCUCCGUCGACUACGUGGUUGCCUCACUCUCUUCCGGAAGCGCUGGUACGGCUGUGGCGCGGCGCCGGCUGAUGCAGCAGACGGCCACAGCCGACCCUGUGUCCCUCACCACCCUGGUCUGGUUCCCGUCCAACUGGGCUUCACAGCCAGGGCUGUUUCCCAACCAAACCGCUCUGGACGCAUUCGUCUUCAACCUGCGGCACCUGCCCGCCGCCGCGCUGUCGGCACCCACGGCCUUCCCCGCGUUCAACGCAUCCAGUCCGUUGGUCUCGGGCCUGACCAGCACCGUGACAACUCCCAGUCUGUUGGACAGCAGCGACCUGGCGAACAGCGGCUCAGACGCUGCCACUACAGUGGUGGCGGUGGUGAACGUGGACCUGAGCGGCGCGGGCGCGGAGGUGGCGGCGCUGACGGCCUCCUCGGGCUUCAACCUAACCGCCCUCGCCGCCGCCGACAUCACCCCGCCCAGCAUCUCCGUCAAGGGUGACACCGUGUCCCUGGUCCCCGCCUCCGUCACCACCCCAUACGCCGACCCGCCCGCCACCGCCUCGGACGCGCUGGACGGCUUGGGACGCCUCGGCCUCAUCACCACCUACGGCCUGUGCCGCCUGCCGCCCGCCGGCCUGACCGGCUUGGUCAUGGCCUCUGAGGAGCCUGGUGACUUGGACCUGCAAGCGUCAGGGCUGGACUGCGGUGGAGGCGGAGGUGGAGGUGGAGGCGGAGGGGAUCUGCUGCUGCCGUUUGUCAACGUGUCGGCGCCCAACGCGCCAGGGGAGGUGUGGCUCACGAGCUGGGGCGUCGUGAACAGCCGCGGCAUCCCCGCCGUGCCGCGCUACCACGUAACGCUGGUGACCGACCCCUGCGCCGCCUCCAACGAGGUAUGGUGCGCCGCCUUCGGCCGCUGCUCUGUUGGCCGUCAGUGUGUCGCCGUCAACCUCGGCAGCAGCCUCGCCAGCAGCGGCUCGCUUUCCUCCCUGGGCGGUGGCGGCAGUAGCACCGGCAGCAGCAGCUCUGCUGCAGGUACCGGCAGCAGCAGCAGCAGCAGCGAUGAGGGCGAUGACGGCAGCAGCGUGGACAGCGGCGCGCUGAGCAUUUUGGCGGGAGGCGGCAGCACCACGGGCCAGCCUAUCCUGUUUACAGACGCAGUGGCGGACGUGUCGGCGGGCGGCAGCGGCAGGACGGUGGUGUCGGUGCCGCGCGACACCUCGCCACCCCGCAUCAUGCUGCGUGGCUCCGGCAAGCCCGGUGUGAGCCCCCUCGGGGAGCCCGUCAUGAUGGAGGAGGUGGUGUACGGCUCAGGCGACUGGACCGACCCGGGAGCCUCCGCCACAGACGUGAACGCGUACGGGGUAACGGUGGACGUCACGGACGCCAUCCGGCGGUACGGCGCCGCCAAGGUGGAUACCACCUCCGCCACGCCGCUGGACGCGCCGUACGGCUUCGCGGUGCUGUACACGGUGGAGGACGUGGCGGGCAAUGCCGCCGUGCCCGCCUGGCGCCUGAUCCGGGUCGUGUGCAUAAUGCCUGAGACAUUUUGCACCACCGCGGAUGGUGACCGGCAGUGCACGGUCAACGGUGUAUGUGCAUUAGGCGCGCAAGCAGCCUCGCUGUUCGGCUCCUCGUCCAUUACUGCCUCCUUUAGUGGUGGCUCAGCCAGCUCAGCAACGUCAAGCAGCACUUCCUCGAACGCCACGUCGUCCUCCUCUUCAUCCUCAGGAGCCGGCUCCUCAUCUGCCAGCAGUAGCAGCGCUAGCACUGGCAGCAGCAGUGCCUCAUCCAGUACGGGCUCGGACUCCGCCGGCGAUGACGGUUUGCCGUACGAGCCGGCGAUGGUGAUGGGCGGGCCGCGGCUGGCGCUGCGGGGCCCGCGCUACGUAGAGGCUGCACAGUACGGCACCUAUGACAGGUGCGCCUCGUCUGCGUCCUUCCGUGGCGCCGACUGUGACGCCGGGGUGGCGGCGUGGGACGCGCGGGAUGGGCGGCUGGAUGCGCUGGUGCGUGUGUGCGGCAGUGCGCCGCUGCGACCACCCACCGGCGCCUCGCCGGUGCCCAUCCUCAUCGCCUGCGGCAUCAGCACCGCUGCACCCGGCGCCUACAACAUUACCUACGUCGUCACGAACUCGCGGGGAGUGGCGGGCAGCACGUGGCGGCAGCUGACUGUGCGGGCGGGAUGCCUUCCCGGCGAGGCGCUGUGCCCAGACCGGGUGACGUGCUCCGUCGAUUUGGUGUGUCCCUCGAGCCUGAAGCUUCCAGGGACAGCCGGCGCAAACACAACUGGCAACGCCACAGCCGAUAGUAGCACCGAUAGCAGCGGUAGCUCAACAGGCACCAGCGCCAGCAACAGCACGGGUGGCAGCGGUUUCAACACGGUGCUCACCACACCCACCGCCGCAGCCGCCAGCAGCAGCGGUGUGCCCGCGAACGUCCCGCCCAACAUCACCCUGAUCGUGUCGGAGGCCGCGCCAGUGCACGUGCUCAUCAAGCGAGGCAUCGAUUACGUGUUUUGCAACGGCGCCGAGCCCAGUGCGGACGUGCCCUGCGAGCCCGGCGCGCUGGCCUUCGACCCCGACGGCCUUCCCGGCUCGUCCAACCUAACCGGCACAGUGGUGGCGUGCCCACCCACAGCCUGCCUCACCACACGCGGCUGCAGCCAAGACGAUCUAUUGAACUACGCGCUGCAGAAAGUCGGUUUGGCGGGCUGCAACUUCCGGCCGCUGGCGCCCGUUGGCACUGUCUUCCUCGUCGACCUGUGGGUGUGGGACGCGGGCAAGGCCAACGCCUCCGUCGUGCGCUACGUGGAGAUCACAGACCCCUGCCCCAGCAACGGCAGCGACUCCGCUCGCUACGAGUUCUGCCGUGAUGCACAGGGCAGGUACUUCUGCUCGCCGCUGCCGUGCGAGCAGGCGGUGGCGCUGCGGCCGCCGGCGCGGGAUCCGCCCGUACUGGCGCUACUGCCCGAGGUGGCGUACAUUGAGUACGGCACCGUGCCGCCGUACUACCUGGGACCCUGUACGGCACUGCUCCGGCCCAACACGUUCAACAGCAGCUCGCAGGCUGGCUCAGCCAGCAGCAUUAACAGCGGCCGCGGCAGCGGCGGCAGCGCAGUGUCUUGUAGCGCGGUGGCGGCGGCGCGCACGGUCGCCGCCGACGGCACCCAGGCGCUGCUGGAUCUCACGCCCUCCAUAUCCGUGCAGCCCGUCAGCACCUGCAGCGCCGCGGCCGACGGCACGAACGUGGCGUGCGCCACAUGCACCCUGGAGCAGCUGCACGUGCCGGGGCGCUGCCCGCCCGGCGCGUACAGCUACAUGUUCUGGGUCACGGACGGUAGCAACACCGUCAGCCUCACCCGCACCGUCAUAGUGUACCACCGCUCCUCUGUGCGCGGCCUCGUGGCGCCCUUCCCGCCCACCACCAACUUCAGUGCGGCGCUCGAGACCGCCGCCGCCAUCAACACAACCGUGGCGCUGCUAGCAAGGGCACCGGCCUCCAAGGUGGCUGCGCUGCUAAUUGCCAAUACCACGGCGCCCUACCGCUCCGCCGUGUCGUACAUGACGGCGCGGCUGCAGGGCCCCCUGGGGGUCAAUGCCAGCGACGUGGCCCUGCGCGGCGCCGCAGUGGUGCCGCUGCCGCCGGUGCCUGCAGCUGGCAAGAGUGGCGCCGGCAACCGAACGAACAGCAGCAGUAACGCCAGCACUACUGCAGGCCCCGCGUCUUACGUGGUGCAGGUGGACGCAGAGGUGUUCACAUUCCUGCCCUCACCCAGCGGCGGCAGCAGUAGCAGCAGCAGCGGCUCUCAGCCGCAACAGGGUGGAGUGGCUCAGCUGCUGCACGAGGCAGAGCUGCGUGCCUGGCGCCUGUAUGCCUCCGCACUCACCUCCUCAGCCGACUUCCUGGCGCAGCAACUGGCGACCGCGCUUGGUCUGGUGGGCGACGGCACCUCAGGCAGCCCCAGCCCCAGCUUGCUGCCGCGCUCAGCCAUUGCAGGUCUGGAGGCCAUGCCGCCAGCCGCGCCGCCGCCUCCUGAGCCGCCCUCGCUGCCGCCUCCGUCUCCGCCGUCUCCACCGUCCCCAGCGCCACCGGCUCCUCCCUCGCCUCAUCCGCAACCUCCGAUUCCGCCAGUCCCGCCGGCGCCCGCUGUCCCUGCCGGGGCUGGCGGCGGCAGCGGGCGGAGGCGUCGCCUGGGCCAGGCUGCGCGGCGCUCGAUGCAUUUGGACAACGACGGUACCUCAGGCGAUGUUUUGCCCCAAUCAGAUAAGGCGCGGACGACACCUCAGCAACAGCCGCGUCGAACACCGCGGCCGCAGCAGGAGGGGGCUGCUGCGUGUCCGGGCGGCCCUGCCUGUGGCAGCAGCAGUGAUGCGGCGGACGAACUGGAUGACCCCAUCACCAGUGGCUAUGCAGACUACGAUUCUAUAAUUCGUGGUGGCGAUGACGCGGCCACUGCCACUGCCACUCCACCCAUAGGGGGCGGCGUGGACGCGGACGGGGUUGUCGGGCACGGCAGCGGCGAAUCUACAGAGGCCGGGCAGGGGCGGCCAGAGAGUUUGGUGGUGUGGGGCGGCUGGCGGCUUCAAUCGCAUCCGCUGAUCAGAGGCGACCACGCAGCGUUGCCGCCAGGCGGGUCGCGACCGGCGCUGUCGGCGCACGUGCAGGUCGCACUGGAGGCGCUGGUGAAAGAGCUGGUGGAGGCAGAGGCGAGCGGUGCCGAAGCCAAGUCUGGGCCGCUGGCCAGGUGGCGGCGGCGGCUUCGCACGCCGGUGCCUCCUGCCGCAACGUCGAUGGCGCAGCCGGCGGAGGACUCUGCUCGCCGCCACCUGCAGCAGCAGACUGCUGCCAACUUCACUAGCGGCGCCAACAGUGCCAUCGCAGCACUGCUGUCCUCGUCGGUUAACAUGACAAACACCAGUGCCACCGCCUACACAUCGGCAGCGGUGCCGGCCAUUGGGUCGGUGGACGUCAUGCUUGCCUCUCUGGCGGCCCAGGCGGCUGUGGUUGCAGUGCAGGUAAGCACGCUGCUUGGAGACACCGGCCUGCUGUCCGCGCGGCUCAACAGCACCGGCAGCGGCAGCGACACCAAUAGCAGCAGCAGCGGGGGCAGCGUGAGCACCGCUGCAGCGUCCGGCUCCGCCGGCGCGUUGUCGGCCGCUGGUAUAAAUGCUACGGAGGACGCAUAUCAGCAGCGGGCCAGCGCGGCAUUUGCGACCCUGCUGGCGAAGCAGACAGCAGCUUCCGACGCAACAACAAACAAUGCGGACGUGGUGUCGGCCCUGCUGGACGCACAGCUGGCCGCCGCGGCGGUGCAGUCGGCCGCGCUGUCCGACACAGCCGCCCAGCUGUCUGACCUGACGGCUGCCACGGAGGCGGCGGCGCGGCGUACGGCGUACGACACCGUGCUCAUGGAGCAGGCCACCGGCGAGUGGGAAUACGUGUGGGCCAACUGCAACGCCACGCUACUCAACGAGUUCCAGCCCCAGGCUGACCUGGUGUGGAGCUUUACGCUCGAUCGCUACGGCCGCGCCGCUGCCAACAGCGCAGGCGCGAUCGGCCGGCGCCUGCGGCGCCAGAUGCGCGUGGUGUCCACCUCCGCCGGGACCGUGGCUGUGACGCGGCAGCAGCAGUCGGCAGCAGCCUCGUCGAACACCUCUUCCUCUGGCAGCGGCCGCUGGCAGGGCUAUGUCCCGGUUGCGACCGAGGAGGUGGUGGACGUGCAGGUGGCUGGUAGCCCGGACGCCCCGCAGGCGCCGCAGCGCGACCGCGUGCUGUUCCCCUCGCAGUCGCUAUACAUGGUUGGCGGUGUGCUGCUGCACGCCACACGCCGUGCCAUUGACGAGCUGGGCCGCUGCACAGACGUCCGCGCGGCCCGGUUCAAGCAGCUCAACUUCGAAUGCAUCAGGCACACGGUUGGCUCCUCCUCCGCCCCGCUGUCGGCAGCCACACGCGACCGCCUGUUUGCCACGGAGCUGCACCCGCUGCACCCGUACGGCGUGGAUCCCGUGUUUCUGCCCAGCUCGGCCCUGUACGACAGCCACCUGUCCGACUCGACGGUGCAGUACUACAACACGACCGCCGGUUCGGGCGAGGUGUCGGCCACCGGCGCGCCGUACGCCUUCUACCACCGGCCGCUGCAGGGCUAUGCCGAUGGCUUCCCGGUGGUGCUGCCGGUAGAGCUGAGCUCGACGCGCAUGGCGGACCUGCUGAGAUACCUGCAGGACGCCAAUUAUCUGGACCGCUAUAGCUCCAGCCUGGGCGUGCGGCUGCUGCUCUUCAGCGCCGACCUGCGCGCCUUCGGCGCCGCCGCGCUGACUUUCAAGUGGGCGCCCGACGGCUCCAUCGGCCUCCGCUUCCGCUUCAGCGGCCUGCCCGCACUCACCUACCUGCGAGAUGGCGGACAGGAUGGUACCAGCAGCAGUGCCAGCAGCAAUGCCAGCAGCAAUGCCAGCAGCAGUAGUGCAAGCAGUAGCGGUGGCGGAGCCACGGACUGGCAGACGGUGGUCACACGGGAGGCGCUGGGGCUGUGGAUUCUGGCCGGCGUGUUUGGGGUGGUGGUUGCGGUGCAGGCGGCGCGGGCGGCCGCCAGCGCGUUCAGUCGCGACCUCACGCUGCGGCAGAAGUGGGACCGCUUCGGCAACCUGCUUAUCGACUUGGCUGUGGCGUGUCUGCUGCUGGCGUCAGCAGUGGUGCUGGCCUGGUAUAUGGCCGCCCACGCCGCCACCUUCAGCGCUCGCCAGCACUACACGCUGUACGACGCCAUUGCCAACGCACGUGCGCGCUGGCUGCUGCCUCCCAAAGCCGACCCAGCCACUCUGCUGGACGGCAGCUCUGCCACCACUGGUGCCAGCAACAUUACUACCGGCGCCGGCCUCGGCGCCGGCGGUGGCGGUGCGUCGGCGGCCAUGGACCGCGCCACGCUGAAGCAGGUGGCGGCGGAGCUGAACAUCAGUGAGCCGCUGCAGGCGGGGGACCCGGGCCGGUACCUGCUUCCUGACGCGGCAGUGGCGGCGGGCCAGAUGGAGGCCCUGGCUGACGUCAUGGGCUCGGCGCAGGAGCUAUCCGACCUUUGGGCUGCGUACGGCCUGAUCCAAGCCAUCACCCUCAUCCUGUUGAUCGGAAGGUUGCUGUCCACGCUGUCCUUCCAGGGCCGCCUUGGGCUCAUUGUGCGCACCCUCUACCACGCAGUGCCCGCGUUGGGGCAUCUGGUGCUUGUCAUGGUGGUCAUAGAGGUCGCGUUCGGCUUCUUCGCACACAUGGUGCUGGGGGCGCGGCAGGAGACCAUGUCCACUCUUUCAGGCUCUCUGUACGAUACCUUCAGUCUUAUCAUUGGAGAGAGCGAGCUGCUGUCUGUGGACUCCAUUCUGCCGCCGGAGCAGGAGUUCAUGUGGGGCGAGCACUUCGCGGCGUCGCUGGUGAUGGUGUCGCAAGUACUGCUCAUGAGCAUGGUGCUCGUCAAUUUCUUCUUCGCCAUCCUCGGCGCGACCUUCAUGAAGCUCAAACACUCGUGGGGCUUCCGCCACGGCACCUCAGUCACUACCGACUUCGCAAACGUGCUUCUCCCCGAUGCUGCGGCGGCCCUGGCGCGAUGGAGCCGCAAGCUGACGUGCGGGCGGCUGCAUUACAGAGAGCGGCACACCGCGCCUCUGACCAACCGCCAACUGGCGAGGCUCGUCCGGGAGCGCGCUCUUGCAGGAUGCGACGUGCGCCGGAGCGAGCGCAUGUCGCUCAAAGCUAUCACCUGGGUCCUGCCGAUGGUCAAGGUGGCGGACAGGGGCAGCGGCGCCAGCGGUGCCAGCAGCCAGGGCGUCGCGGCUGCCGGAAGUGCAGCUGCUGCUGCCGCUGCUACCACGUGCCGCGUGGUGCCCACGGAGGUCUACAUUGACAAGCUCACGCUGGAGCAAAUGUUGCUGGCCUGCGCUGCUAGCGCUGGCCAGGCCGGCAGAGCUAGCAGCCCGCUGCCGGCCGCUGAUGCGGGGAAGAACCGCACUGCUGCUUUAGCCGAAGUCCCCAGCGCGCGGUCAGUGGAUGAGGAGCACACGCAGCAGCUGCAACAGGGGAGAUCGCCCGUUGGAUGUGGGUCCUGGAUGCGGCGGGGCGCGUGGUGGCGCGGCAAAGGCGCCAGCAGCGGUGGCGGUGGCGAGGGCGUGGGCACGCGUGUGCGGGCCUUCCUGGGAAGCUCUCGGUCGCACCGGGCUCUGCCUGCCGAGGUCGUGCUCGAUGACGCCGCCCGCGCGACUGAGGCCGCCAGGAGCGCCGCAUCAGUCGUGGAGCCUCCAGCCCGCUGGCCUGCCCUGGCGGCGGGGCCAACGGCAGCCAGGGAAAGGCCGGGGGCUACGGCGGCAGCCCCGCCGGAGGAACGGCGCUGGAGCAAUGAGGUGGUGGCAGCGGUGGCGGCAAAGCGGCUUAUGUCGCACUACGGCCAUCGCGUCCACGUCUGGCCAGAUGCCGACCCGAGGCGCUCCCUGUCGUCGGCGGUUGUUGCGUCAGAUGCGGGCAUUGGGCUCCAGCAUCCGCAGGGACAAUCCGGGCACAAGGGCGGCAGCGGCAAUGGCAAGGCCUUGUGCAGCGGAAAUGCGGCAGGCGGCCUGGGCAGCUGGGGCGGCAGCGGCAGCAGCCGGCCUGGCAGCAGCAGCGGCAGUGCCCAUGUCCUGGGUGCGCACGUCAAGAGUGUAGAGCAGCAGAGCGGCAGCGGCAGCAGCGCUGCCAAGCAAGCUGCUGCACUGGCAGUUCCCACCGCAAUGACACGUGGUCGGCAGCAAUCGGAGCCGCAGCUGGGCCUCCUGACGCAGCAGCAGCAGCUGGGCCGGCUAUACGCCGCAAUGCGAGACAUGGCCUCAGCGAUCGAGAAGAGCCAGGCUGGCGUGUACCGCUGGCAACUCAAGACCUGGCGUCAGAUGAUGGCGAUGGCGGAGGAGAACGCCGCCAUGAUCUCUCAACGCACCGGCCAGCCCGAGCCGCUGCCGCCCAUGCCUCCGCAGCCCUGCGUCACCGCCCUUGCUGAUGCCGGCGGGGCCGCGACCCCGGCCCUGGGUGACGCCAGCCGUCACAACCUGGCAGCUCGUGCUGCAGGCGCAGCCGGCAGCAACAGACCCUUGUCUGCGGCAUCCACGGGCUCUGUGGCAGCGGCACACCCUAACGCGAUUGGCGCUGUCGCAGCGGCGCCUUGGUCAGGUGUGGGCAGGAGCGCGGCAGGUGGCGCCGGCAGCAACCUCAGCGGCAACAGCAGGGUGCGGCGGUCAACUGACCUACAGGCCAGCGGCCCGAGCGUUGCCAGUGUCGCUGGCGACUCAAUACGCCGCGGCCGCAGCACCACUGGCGAGGGGGCUGAGGGCGUCAGCGCCACGAAUCGGGCGCUGCUGCAAGUGGCCUUUGGGCGUGGCAGCGUGGACGCAACGGGCAGCGGCGGUGUGGCCCGACCAGAAAGCCCGCAAUGGGCGGAGCUGACUUCCUCAGCCUCCAUGUUGGGCUCUUCCCUAACGGCCACUGUUGCAGCCGUGAUGAGCACAUCAGGCGCUGCCACCAGUGAGCACGCGGCGCGCCACCCUCACCCUCACCAGCCGCCGGGCAAGAGGGCGUCUUCGGGGAUGCACAUGCAGGUCCUGGGCAACCUGGGCGCGGGACGCAGCACCAGCGCCAUCGUUCCGCUGCCCUCGGCCUCGGACGAAUCGCUAGCUGCUGGCGCGGACGCGCCCGCAGGCUCGCGGCAGCCGCAGUCGCCUCCGGCGUCAGCCGCAGCUGGCGGACCGCGCUCACCGGCAGCCAUGAUUCCUGCAGCCGCAGCGCCCGAUGAUGCAUCGCCGCAUGCGCGCUCCGCCAGCAUCAAUGCGCCUGCAGCGGGUGGCAUGUCGCCGCCGACGCCGUCAGGCAUGCGGCGGCCGAGCGGCUUGCAGCGCUUUGAUUCAGUGGCUUCCACGAUGGACGUGACCCGCACCGUCAGCGGCAGCAACAUUAGCGUGCACUUCAACCCCAGCCGCCGGGCCAGCCUCAUGAGCCCGGGCGGCUGGGGGCCAUCGAUUACUGGUGGUGCAGGUGGAGGGGUGGCGUCCGCCCGCCAGCUGCUGUUGCCAGGCGGCGGCGGCAGCGGCGCGGCCUCGCCGUCGCCAAGCAGUCAGCGGGCGUUGGGCGGCGGCCCCAGGCGCAGCAGCGUACUCGGAGACCCUGAGGAGGACGCGGCGGUGUCGUCUGCGGCUGCGGCAAUGGCGACGGCGCGGAUGGCCGCCGCAGGCCAGCGCCCGUCCCGAAGGUCCAUGGAGAUGUUGCUCGCCGGAGCUGCUGGCGGUGGUGGAGGACGCGGCGGCAGGCGAGGCAGCGCCCUGGGGGAGGAGGCGCCUCUUGCUAAAGAUGGGGCGGAGUGCGAGGACGAGGAGGACGAUGACGGCGAGUGGCGAGCGGGUAUGGCAUCGCUGCGAGCCGGCGGAGCCAGGAACCGCUCUGCGGCCUCUUGGAGCAUGCCAAUGCCCGAGGGCGGCCUGCAGGGGCUGGCGUCGCCAGUGGGCUCCCGUGCCAACAGCUUUAUCGCAACCGCUAUUGGCGGCGCCGCCACCAGCAGCCCGGCUGCCGCGCACGUCAUGCCAAGCUUGGGUGCCCCGAGCCCGGCCGGGCAUCGCUCCCGCGGGGUGAUGCGGAAGAGCCGGCUGCAUGUGGCGCCAGGCUUGGGCGGGGGGCCGAGUGGGAAUGGAGGUGAAGAAGAGCCGCAGGCGGCGGGGGCUGAGGCGAUGCCACCUCACGGAAUGAUGGCAUCUAACCCGGCCUUUGAUCCGGUGUCACCACGAUAGACAACGCGCAUGUGAUACAAAGACAUGUGUGUUACUUGCUUUGAACAGAGUGCGUGUAUACUACAUGCGUAGCUGCCUGGACGUGGCUACUGGGCACCCACAGCCUUAUGGCGCAUGCACGAAACACUUUCAGGUGCGUGCAUCCUAUUCAUACUGCUUAUGGUCCACAUUACGGUUUCUUCAUCUGUUCGCUGGAUUCUAUUGUUGGCAUUGACCUUACUACGGUAUUGCUGUCUACUGAGCGAAGGGUUCGCAACAGGAGGAAGUGCCCAUAGGCAAUGAGUUGACCUCAGUGUGGCGCUCUUGGCAAUGGGUGGCGUGGGUAUAAGCACAGCAGCGCAAACAAGUCACGCUGCGCGAUUCCAUUUUGCUAAUUGUAUGAUCCUAUGGGAUGCUUCUCGGUACGUGUUACAGCUGACACAGCACACACAGGCGGCGCGGGCUGAUCAUGCCUCAAGUGGCGAAUUAGCGACAGCUGAACGCUGAUUCGUGUACUGCCGUGUUGUGGGGAUGUUGCAUUACCAUGUGGUCCUUAGGCCUGUGAGCAACUGAGCAUGUCUUCAUGAAUUCGAGACGGUUUGAGAUCUUACUGUGGUUUGGGACGGCCGUGAUCAUCGUGUGGGGCUUGUGUGCAUUGUACUUUGGCUCUUACCUGCUAAGAAAGGGAGCUGGCACUGAAAUAUGGCUGUGUGCACAUUAUUUGAUAUGGUCAGGUUGCGACAUGUCGACAUGUGAAAUGCGACAUACAACAUUGCGACAUACCAAGACUCGCCCACAUUUGCAUAGCUACGCGUCCUGGAGCCCAUUUAAGUAACAUCUCCCAGCUUUGCGGCGGUGUAUUGCGCUAGCGUAGCCACAAGCUCCUCCCACUGGCCGCACCCUACGCCACGCCACCACCACCGUGGCAACCGAGACACGUUUUGUUGUGUGCCACGGUGUUCCACGCUUACCAGAGGCAUAUUGAAUGCAUGCACAGUAUGUUUGGCGGGUUUGGAUGCGUUUGGGGGGUAUGUGCAUUAUGUCGCAAUGUCGUAUGUCGCAAUUCACAUAUCCACAUGUCGCAUCCUGACCAUGUCAAAUAACUUGCAAGCUGCUAUAGCAUGCUGCUCUUGACUGCUACAGUGCAUUCUCAGAUUGGCUGGCUGCUGCUUCUCGCCGCUCAACUACAGUAUCUCAACAGAGAUCGCGUGCAAUUAUAGUGAUGCGGGGUGCGGCUGGUCAUCCGGCACGUGUGCUCUGGCGUCUGCCAGUGCCCGUGUCGUGCUGGAUUCCUCAAUUGCUCGCACUCGUACGGUAUGCACACCGGCACGGAAUCGACACGCAUUUUGUGCCAGAGAGCCUCGGAUGUCCCCGGUCGGAUGGACAGUGACAGUCCGCUGGCGUGGCGGGCUGUGUUCUGGUUUACUGUACGGUAAGCACAAGUCGUGUCCGCUCAGUGCACGCUCCAGCCCAACUCCAUUUCAACAAGUACACAUUCCCGUCCUGCAAGUCUUCGAGCCAACGCAUGUACAGCAGGGUACGCUCUCUUCAGACCUCAGCCUGCUUUGCAAGGCCCCAUCCAGUUACUUGGGGGUCUGGACAAGAUGAAAUCCCCCUCCCCUCGCCCAUGCUUCGUCCGAGGCUUGAUGUACUCUGACCGAAGGCAUUUCCGCAUGUCAGGCCGCUAAUCGACAGCGCACGAGGCACCUGCAGCUUCCUUAUCAAUAAGCACUGUCCCCUCUGUAACAUCCGCAUCCCAAUAAGAGCGCCGGAGCGAUUUUGGGAAACAGUAAACGUUGCUAGGCAAUGGCCACAGCACGUUGCCCAUCAUGGGUUGUGGAAACCUUGAUGGCGCAUUUGGGUUCAUAACAAUGUGUUCAUGCACAGGCGGUGCUGUAUGGCGCUGAGAAGCAAACGCAAGCCUUAUACCGGCCAGUCCUGAGGACAGUAAUGACGAAACUACACAAUCACACAGUUUCACACGUAGUCCUCA